AUGCAGAAUGCCAUAGGGGGAGUGGUGACCCGAGCUGCAAAGGAUCUAGCAACAUGGGCGGCCGAAGCCAAUCCUCACGCAACUUGGCACGGCCGCCGUGCAGUUGAGCUUGGUGCUGGCUGCUGCCUCGUAAGCAGCGCUCUCAUGAAGCUUGGUGCCAGUGUUAUUGCAACGGACUUGCCAGAGCUGCUGCCCCACAUGGAGUAUAAUCUGCAGCUGAAUCAGGAAGGUCCACCAGCCCGAGGAAGCUGGCGUGCUGAACCACUCAACUGGGAUAGCGCAGAGGAGCGGGAUAGGCUCGCUGCAAUGCUGGGUGCCGAUGGUGCCGACGCGAUAUUUGCAGCCAACUGUGUGUAUGGUCGGGACACUGUGAACAUGUUCCUUACCACAAUGCUGGCCUUGUCCGGGAAGCAAACACUGGCCUUGAUGUGUGGAGUGCCAAUUCCGCCUGCAGCCCUGGCAGCUGAAGAAAUCAGCAUCCUUGAUGAGUUUCUUGCUGCCUGUCCACGUUUCUUCGACUCCUACCUGUUGAAGGUCCCCGGUGGUGUCGAAAACGCAGGGGUUGCUCGUCCACAGGACUCCCCGCUGGCAGCUGAGCUGGGCAAACCACAUGGGCUCCCUGCAGCAGCGCUGGCAGACGGAAUUUGGCUCUUCAAGCUGCCAGGGGAGCAGUGCCCUCACUGGGCAAGGCCAGCACUCACGAUUCCUUAUGGGACAAAUUUGCCGACAGUCACGUCGAGGAGCUGGUGA